AUGGCCGGUGAAAAUCCCCGGUGGCCGCGGGAGCGGCGCUGGCGGCGGCGCGGGGCCCGGCCCGCAGCAUGGCCAAGCACCACCGCACGCCGGCGCGCUCCGCCGAGCCCGUCAUCGAGGUCAAGAGCAAGUUUGACGCCGAAUUUCGCCGCUUCGCCAUGAAGCGCUCCGGCACGGGCAGCUUCCAGGACUUCUACCACCUGCUGCAGACAGUGCACCAGAUCCCACGGGUGGACGUGCUCCUGGGCUACACGGACAUCCACGGCGACCUCCUGCCCAUCAACAACGAUGACAACUACCACAAAGCCCUAUCCUCUGCCAACCCCCUCCUCAGGGUCAUCAUCCAAAAGAAGGCAGAGUCUGAUGCUGGUGUCUUCGCCUCAAACUCCUUGCAGCGAAAGAAGAAGGGGCUGCUGCGCCCUGCACACUAUCGGACCAAGACCCACCUCCUCAUCGGCAUGCCCCAGGACUUCCGACAGAUCUCCUCCAUCAUCGACGUGGACAUCCUGCCCGAGACCCACCGUCGCGUGCGGCUCCACAAGCACGGCUCUGACAAGCCGCUGGGCUUCUACAUCCGUGACGGCGUCAGCGUGCGAGUGGCCUCGCAUGGCGUUGAGAAGGUGCCCGGGAUCUUCAUCUCCCGCCUGGUGAAGGGCGGCUUGGCCGAGAGCACGGGGCUGCUGGCCGUGAGCGAUGAGAUCCUGGAGGUCAAUGGCAUCGACGUGGCCGGCAAGUCUCUGGACCAGGUGACAGACAUGAUGGUGGCCAACAGCCACAACCUCAUCAUCACCGUCAAGCCGGCCAACCAGCGCAACAACGUCAUCCGCAGCAGCAAGGCCUCGGGCAGCUCAGGCAUGUCCACGGACAGCACCCCCAGCCAGCAGAUCCCCAGCCCGGCCUCACAGUACCUGAGCAACUACAGCACGGCCGAGAGCGAUGAAGAGGGCGACCUGGUCAUCGAGAGUGACAGUGUGCCCCACUACAUCCCCGAAGGCUGCCCCAACGGGGGCCCUGUGGACCAACCCCUCCAGCAAAGCCCAUCCCCACACAGCUCCCAGGGCUCCCUCCAGUCCCUUGGCAGCCACGAUGACAGCCCUGGCCGGGGCAGUGGGCAGGAGGAUGGCACCCUCCUCACCCUAUAGCCACAGGGUCCUGUGCCACCCUCGGCAGCCACCACAGAGUCCCGUGCCACCCUUGGUGACCAGCCAGGUUUCCACACAGCCAGGCUGGUGGUGGGCCCUGGGGCAAUGAUGGGGCCAGUGGGCAGGGGUGUAGUGGGGCUGCCUGCUGCCCGUGUCCCGAGGAGCCCUGCUGCCGCUGGGCACUGUUCCUCUGAGCCUCCCGGCCUCCCACCCCCUGCGUCCCAGCAAGUGGGGGUUUUUAAAGUGUUUUAUCAAAAUAUGCAUCAUCAAUUAAUAUAUUGCAAUGGACAGUAAAACCUUUUCUAGAAAGCACCUUGCUGGUCCCUGGUUCAUGUCACUGCAGGGGCUGGACCCCAACAGGUCACAGCCCCCUCCAGGACAGCAAACAGCCCCAAUGCCAUGGGAUGGGUCAGGCGCAUCCCCCACCAGCCCUAUCACCUCAUCCCAUGCUGUGGCCCAUCCCAUCGUGGACCAGCAUGAACCCCAUGAUUAGCUCCACAGGCUCCCUGGGAGGAGGUGACAGUGGUUGUGGGACUCCAGCCCUGGGGCUGUGGCUUUGCUGCUGCGCCGGGUGACCCCAAAGAGGUCCAUUGUGGAGAAUCUGGAAGGACACUGGAGCACAUCCUCCUCCUGCACAUCCGUGUCCCAUGGCACGUGUCCAGGCUGUUCUGGGCAGUAAGCCUGGCGUGUUGUCCUGACACAAUGAGCCUGGCCUGGCCCCCCAGUUCCCACUUUGUCUCCACUGCAGGGCUCUCACCUCACAGCAGACACCCUGAUCACAUCCACAGGAGCCAGGUGGCUCCUAGGCUGGCACCAGCACCAUGGCUGUCACUCAGCCUCAGUAAACGCUGCUGGGUGGCACAGCUCCAUCCUCCUCCUCCAGCCCCAAGCCCAGGAGGACUGUGCUGCCUUCUCACGGUACCGUACUGUAGUCACUGUACUGCUCACCUGGGGCUCCCAGUGCCCUCCAUCCCUCUCCCAGCACCAAAGUGCUGGGCUGAUGGUGGCUUUGGCCUUUGCUUUGCUGCUGGCCUGGCCCAGCCUCAGACCAGCACCUCCCUGCCCGCAGGGAGGGAUGUAGGAACACACCAGCAGAGAGGUGCUGCUGAGUCCCCACGGACCCACGGGAGGAGCUUCUCCUCCUCCUGUCCUGGUGGGGACAGGCCUGGCCAUAUGGCUGGCCACCAUCUGUGGUCCUUCACCCCAUCACCACAUCUUCUGCAGCAUUGUCCUUCAGCACCAGCACCAAGUGCCUUGGCCUGGCUCUGGGGGCAAUGCUGGGCACAGGCAUGAGUGUGCCCUAUGGCCGGUCCCCUCCACAGGGAA